ACACAGGCCCGACGGCGUUUCCGCCCGCCGUUGCAGACAUGGCGGCGUCCCUGGGAGGGAUGUUCACCGGGCAGCCUCCAGGUCCUCCGCCGCCGCCGCCCGGGCUCCCAGGCCAGGCGUCGCUUCUGCAAGCAGCCCCUGGGGCCCCGAGACCAUCUAACAGCACUUUGGUGGACGAGUUGGAGUCAUCCUUCGAGGCUUGCUUUGCUUCCCUUGUGAGUCAGGAUUAUGUCAAUGGGACUGAUCAGGAAGAAAUUCGAACUGGUGUUGAUCAGUGUAUCCAGAAGUUUUUGGACAUUGCAAGACAGACAGAAUGUUUUUUCUUACAAAAAAGGUUGCAGUUAUCUGUCCAGAAACCAGAUCAAGUUAUCAAAGAGGAUGUCUCAGAACUAAGGAGUGAACUGCAGCGGAAGGAUGCGCUGGUCCAGAAGCACUUGACAAAGCUGAGGCAUUGGCAGCAGGUGCUGGAAGACAUCAAUGUGCAGCACAAGAAGCCGGCUGACAUGCCUCAGGGAUCCUUGGCCUUCCUCGAGCAGGCGUCUGCCAACAUUCCUGCACCUCUGAAGCAGACCUAAGCACUCCUGCCUGUGGUGCAGCCUUGCAGUCUUGGCAGACACGUUUCCUUACAGACCUGGUGUAUUGGAAGGACUCUGUUGGAUAAUGAGUUUGUAUCAGUUUCUGUCCCUAUUUAUAAGGUAGGGUUUCAGUAUGAAGCCGGGAUGGGCCUUGAAUCUAUGAUCCCCUGCCUCAGCUCCUCUAGUACUCUAAACUCCUGAAUACUUUAUAAAAUAUCUCUAUCUUUGAUAAAGUAAAGUUUGGUUUUGUUUUUU